UCCCCCAGGGGUUCAAGAAUUCACCAACCCUCUUUGAUGAGGCCCUACACCAAGACCUAGCCGACUUCCAGAUCCAUAACCCUAACCUGAUCCUGCUUCAAUACGUAGAUGACCUCCUCCUGGCAGCGCAAUCUGAACAAGACUGCCUCCAAGGGAGCAGGUCACCUACUUAGGAUACCGGCUCCAGGGAGGCCAGAGAUGGCUAACAGAAAGCCGUAAGCAAGCUGUGGCCCUGAUUCCACCACCCAAGAAUGCCCGGGAAGUUCAGGAAUUCCUGGGCAGUGCGGGGUUCUGGAUCCCUGGUUUUGCGGAGCUGGCAGCCCCACUGUAUCCUCUGACUAAAGCUAGCACCCCUUUUACAUGGACAGAGGAGCAUCAGAAGGCCUUUGAUGGCAUAAAAAAGGCCUACUGUCUGCCCCUGCACUAAGCCUCCCCAACAUAAACAAGCCUGUCACCCUUUAUGUGGAUGAAAAGGCUGGGAUGGCAAAAGGGGUCUUAACACAACAGCUCGGACCCUGGAAGAGACCUGUAGCAUACUUCUUUAAGAAAUUGAACAAUGUGGCCAUGGGCUGGCUCCCCUGCCUCCGGUUGGUGGCUGCUGUGGCGGUUCUGACCAAGGACGCAGACAGAUUGACUCUGGGUCAGCCACUCACAGUGAUAGCCUCUCAUGCGAUUGAGGCAGUGGUCCGACAACCCCCUGAUCAAUGGCUUUCGAAUGCACGAAUGACACAUUACCAGGCUCUGCUCCUUAACCCAGACAGACUGCGAUUUGGGGCAGCAACAUCCUUAAACCCGGCUACCCUCCUUCUGGAUGCGGAUGCAGAAACCGCUCCGCCCCAUGACUGCCACCUGAUCCUGGCCGAGACAUGCAGAGCCCAAGAAGACUUGAUGGAUCAACCGCUACCAGGAGCCGAGCACACCUGGUUCACGGACGGGAGCAGUUUUCUGCAAGACGGUAUACGAAAGGCAGGGGCGGCGGUGGUGGACGGGCAGACUACAAUAUGGGCCAGUGCCUUGCCGCCAGGAACCUCAGCCCAGAGAGCAGAGCUGAUUGCCCUGACCCAAGCACUCAGAAUGGCUGAAGGUUGUAGAGUCAAUAUCUAUACAGACAGCCGUUAUGCUUUCGUUACAGCCCAUGUACAUGGAGAAGGGGGACUUUUGACUUCAGCAGAAAAAGACAUUAAAAAUAAGACUGAGAUCCUAGAGCUCUUGCAGUGGCGCUACCAAGGAAAAAUUCUGUUGCCUCAGGGGGCCGCUAAGGAACUUUUGUCACAACUCCAUCUAUGGACCUAUCUCGGGCACAAAAAGCUAAGAACCCUUCUACAAUGGGAAGAGCAAACCUACUAUAUCCAUGACCUCAAUGCCCUCAUCCAACGGAUCACCAGCACCUGUGCCCCCUGCGCAAAGGUGAACACUGGAUGGCUCAAGCUGCCUGAAGGAACCAGGGUUAGAGGAGAAGGGGGUGGGACCAACUGGGAAGUUGAUUUCACCAAAAUCAGACCCUGCAGCUUUGGGAACAGGUACCUCCUGGUUUUUAUAGACACCUUUUCAGGAUGGACUGAGGCUUUUCCUACUAAGCAUGAGACCACCCAGGUGAUGGUCAAGAAGAUUCUUGAAGAGCUCUUCCCGUGGUUCAGACUGCCUAAAGUAAUAGGGUCCGAUAACGGACCUGCCUUUGUCUCCCAGGUAAGUCAGCUGGUGGCCAAAACAUUGGGGAUCAAUUGGAAAUUACAUUGUGCAUACCGAACCCAAAGUUCAGGUCAGGUAGAAUGGGCAAACUGAACAAUUAAAGAGACCCUGACCAAAUUAGCCUUAGAGACUGGCACUAAAGACUGGGUGCAUCUCCUGCCCAUGUCCCUAUUUCAGGUUUGAAAUACCCCCUCGGUGCAUGGGCUCACACCUUUUGAGAUUUUGUUCGGAGGACCCCCACCCAUUAUGGAUGUGCUCCCCGCUGAUCCUAACCAUUCCGUUGACUCCCCAUCCCUCCAGGCCCGACAAUGCACACUCCAGAUUAUUAUUCAAAACCAGCUCUGGAAACCAUUGACUGCUGUACCUCACCCAUUCCAGAUUGGGGACUCUGUAUACAUCAGACGCCACCAGUCUAAGACCCUUGAGCCUCGUUGGAAGGGCCCCUACACUGUGCUUCUGACCACCCCCAUGGCACUCAAGGUGAACGGGAUCUCAGCAUGGGCCCACGCCUUGCACACCAAGAAGGCCAACACCAGCGAGAAUUGGGAGAUACGCCACCAGUCUAAGACUCUUGAGCCUCGCUGGAAGGGCCCCUACACUGUGCUUCUGACCACCCCCAUGGCACUCAAGGUGAACGGGAUCUCAGCAUGGGCCCACGCCUUGCACACCAAGAAGGCCAACACCAGCGAGAAUUGGGAGAUGUACGAGACCCCAGAAUGGAAGCUACAGUGCACUCAAAACCCGCUCAAGAUAAGACUUUUACUCGAUGUUUGA